AUGUCGUCCUACAAAGAAUCUUACAUGCCACAAAAGAAGAGACUCAGAUUUGCGAGAAAUUCAAACGUUACAUACUGGUCAGAAGAGCUUCAGCAGAACAUGACGGGCCGUGUAACAGAGCUUGAUCACGACAAUCUCGCUUAUACAAUCAGACGAGAAUCGGGCGUGACGGAAAAGGUCGAGGAGCAUCACGUUAUAGCGGCGCAAGCGACGUACUGA